AUGCUUCCUAAAUUUAAGGUCUUUAGUUGGGGAAUCUGCUACUAUAUUUUGCCUACCUACAAUAAUAUUGCUCGCAUCCGUCAAGAGUUCUUGACAACUUGCCCCAGAUGCAACAGCUGUAAGGAAACGCUCAUCCACGCUAUGAAAGAUUGCCCUAAAGUCCGUGAGAUUCUCAUGAUCGAUGGGUUAAACAAUAGACUGAUUGAUGGAAGAUAUGAACGGUGUAUCGAUUGGUUGGAAGAUAUCCUUCGUGUGCUGGACAAGAAAGCUACUGUCGAUUUUUUCACACUCCUCUGGAACUGCUGGAAUGACAGGAACAAUUUGGUUUUUCAAGGGAAGAAAGAUACGGCUAUGGUGGUAUGGGAAAAAGUGCAAACUUUCAGCAAAGAUUUUCGUAUUUUCAACCUUGCAGAGCCUUCUGUUAUCCCCUCAAUCCCGAUGAGUAAAGUUGUGGAUGGGAAUGUUAGGUACGGAGCUAUUGCCAGAGACCAUGAUGGCUUUGUGAUUGGGGGUAGCUAUAGCUUUGUGAAUAAAAUUCAGAACAUGAAAUGGGCGGAAUUUGACGCUUUUGUGGAAGGUUUAAAUUUGGCUUUAAAAUUGAAAGUGGAUAAGCUUAUUUUGGAAUCUGACAGUGCAUUUCUUGUCAAUGCGACAAAAAAGAGGGACCAAGAUAUUACCAUUUUGGGCUGCAGUAUUAAAAAAGCUUCUAGAAUGUUUAGGAAUUUUACUUCAGUCCAAGUUAAUUGGAUUGGCCGUUGUAGUAACAGGGCUGCUGAUUUUCUUUGUAUUUUAGCGAUUAAGGAAAAAUGUAAUUCGUACUUUAAUAUGGAUUUUCCCAUGGAAAUUCAUAGUAUUGUCAUUAAUGAUGCAAUAAAUUAA